CAUCACCAUAGGUGCAAAUUGACGUCUUUGAUUGCGAAAACGCGGAAUGACGAUUUUACCAUUCAUUUGACUUUGUACAGAGAGCUACAAAAUUGUCAAGGAAGCAGACUCGGAUCUCUCUAAUCUCCGGCCAAAAUCUACAAUCCUGACUUUCAGGUGCUUUUAUAUAUAUCGAGAGAAAGUGAGGUACAUAUGCGUGUCGUUUCUGCGUACGUUAUACUAAUGAGGAUCGAAUUGGGGUGAGGUUGAAGGAAAAGUGGAGCGAUCACAAUGCGCGCGGGCUAAGGAAAUGCAUCCACUCUGCUGCAUAACUUUGGCGAGCGGCGGCGCGAUCGGUGAUCGGUCACCGGAACUGCUGCUUCGGACCGGUUCUGCGGUAGUCGGAUCUGAUGCCAAUGCUGGGGGUGGAUGCGACGCCACCGGCGCUGCUGGUGUGCUCUACAAGUGGACCAAUUACCACAAGGGCUGGAGAUCCCGCUGGUUUCACCUCCGCAAUGGCUUUAUUUCUUAUUCCAAAACUUGUCACCCUGACUACGUCUCUUUCACCGCGGAGGACGUUAAACUGAUCGGUCAUCUCCCGUCCAACGAUCCUCGCCGCCCUAAACACCGCAAAACCAUCCGCAUUGUUCAUCUCAAGGUAUCGUCAUUUCGUGAGAGCAGAUCUGAUGAUAGGCGGUUUUACAUAUUUACAGCUACCAAGACUCUUCACCUUAGGACAAAUUCAAGGCAAGAGAGAGAGGCUUGGAUAGAAGCAUUGGUUUCAACCAGAAAUGUCGUUAUGCUUAGACCAUCAGCUGAUAAUCUCUCCAUUUUACCCAGGAGUGUAUCUGUAUCAACUGACAAGCUGAAGAAGCGUUUGCUUGAUGAGGGAGUUAGUGAGGGGCUUGUCAAUGAGUGUGAGGAGAUCAUGCUUUCUGAAUUGUCUGAAAUGCAAGGUCAACUUCAAUAUCUCUGCGAGGAGCGUACAAGUCUGUUAGAAACUUUACAACAGUUGGAGGGGACCGAUAUUGAAACCGAGGCUGCAAGAGUUCCUGAGGGCGAGUACCAAUUAUUGAGUAGUGAAUAUCCAAAUUUAGGACGUGGAAAGGACAGUGAAUGGAGCACUACUGAAUCAUCUGAUGAUGUUGAGAAACAAGAACUCGAGGAAGCAUCAGUCGAAGAGGAAACUAGAUUUUUUGAUACAAAUGACUACUUUUCUGAUCCUUCUGUCAGUCACGGGUCAGCGGUAGGAGAUCAAAUUGAUAAAUGCUCAGAGCUUCAGAAAUCAGCUAAUGAUAAGAUGCAAAGGAAUGCGGGUUGUCAAUCUUCCAUGCGUCCACAAGUAGAGAGGCGAAAAAGACUACCCCAUCCCAUUGAAAAAGAGAAAGGAGUUAGUUUAUGGUCUAUGAUCAAAGACAAUGUGGGGAAAGAUCUCACACGAGUUUGUCUUCCCGUGUACUUCAAUGAACCCUUAUCAUCCCUUCAGAGAAGCUUUGAAGAUUUGGAGUACUCCUAUCUCUUAGACAAGGCAUACAAGCAUGGAAAAGAGGGUAACACUCUACAAAGGAUUUUGAAUGUUGCUGCUUUUGCUGUUUCUGGAUAUGCAUCAACUGAAGGCCGACACUGCAAGCCUUUCAAUCCUCUGCUGGGAGAAACCUAUGAAGCUGACUUCCCCGAGAAAGGAAUUCGGUUCUUCUCUGAAAAGGUGAGUCACCACCCAACACUUAUUGCCGGUCAUUGUGAAGGUAGAGGCUGGAUAUUCUGGGGUGACACUAACCUUAAAUCUAAAUUUUGGGGGAGAUCAAUUCAACUCGAUCCUGUUGGAACUCUAACCUUAGAAUUCGAUGAUGGGGAGACUUUUCAGUGGAGCAAGGUCACAACUAGUAUACACAACCUAAUUCUCGGCAAGGUAUAUUGUGAUCAUCACGGAAUGAUGCAUAUACGUGGUAAUCGCCAAUACUCAUGCAACCUGAAAUUCAAAGAGCAAUCUCUUCUUGACCGCAACCCCCACCAGGUUCACGGAUUUGUUGAAGAUGUCACGGGCAGUAAGGUAGCAACACUAAUUGGAAAGUGGGAUGAGAACAUGUAUUACUUAAGUGGGGAAUGUAAUAGCAAGCCAAAAGAUUUGUCUGAUUCAUCCUUAUUGUGGGAAAGCAAUAAACCUACACCAAACCUCACCCGAUACAACAUGACUCCUUUUGCAAUUACACUGAAUGAGUUAACCCCAGGACUCCAGGAAAAGCUCCCACCGACUGAUUCAAGACUAAGGCCUGAUCAGCGUUCUCUAGAAAAUGGGGAGUAUGAUAGAGCAAACGCAGAGAAGCUGCGUCUGGAGACACGGCAGAGAAUGUCCAGGAAAUUACAAGAAAAUGGAUGGAAGGCUAGAUGGUUCGAAAGAGGAGAAGAUGGGAAUUUCCGGUAUGUAGGUGGAUACUGGGAAACACGUGAGAAUGGGGAAUGGGAUGGAUGCCCUGAUAUAUUCGGCAAAAUCGAUGAAAGCCUCGUCGACUCUUAUGCUGGCAGCUGAGCUGGAUCCUCCUUGAGGGUUUAGUCAACCGGCCGUGAAGAAUAAUCACUUCCUCAAACCUAGCUAUUGUAGCGGAUAGUUAGGUGCCCUAUUUUCCGGGGUAUAUAAUUGUUUUGACAAUUUCUUUCCUCCUCUUACACCCUAGCUAGGCCUAAGUCAAAAUCGCACAUUUGACCCCAAUUAUCCAUCAUAUUGAAAUCUCAAACCCGUGUUUCAGGUUUUCUAAAUAUUGUAAACUCCGUUUGUUUUUGAUUUUUUCCAGGGUUAUAAUUGUCAUUUCUCAAUCUUUUUCGUUUAAAGCCCUAAUUCGAAGCCCUGGUCGUCAUGGGCUCCGCUAGUGAAGAUUUUUCCGUCAGAGGAGCGGUGGGCGGAGAAGGGCGGGUGGGAGAACUUGGUGGGCUCGGCAGAGACGAAGUCAAGAUUCGAAUUGAAGAGGAAGAAGGGAAGCGAAGGGUUGGAGCCGAGCCAGGUGAGUAGAAGUAGGGGUUUGUUUGGGGGUUGGGAAGUGAAAUACAGAAGCUGAGAUCGGAGGCCGGGGAUGGAGCCGGCGAAGGCAGUGAGGAAAUUGACAUCGGAGGGGUAGUCAGGGUUGGGAUGGGGAAAUGACAAUUUUAACCCUGAAAAAAAUGAAAAACAGACGGAGUUUACAAUAUUUAUAAUGGCAGGGGUGACAUUUAUAAUUAUUCGGACAACUCGGGGGUGAAAUUUAGAAAACCUGAAACACGUGUUUGGGAUUUCAAUAUGGUGCAUAAUUGGGGAGUCAAAUGUGCGAUUUUCCCCUAGGCCUAAUAUAUACUCCGUAUUCGAGCUUCUAGUAUGAUUUCAUAUUUUUUGGUUAGGAAAUUUUGCGUAUUCUCUUUUUUUACCCAAAGUCAAAUACUCCCUCCGGUCCCUAUUAAAGUUCUCAGUUUGACUUCACACAGAUUAAGAAAAUAAAUUUGACUUUACUGUGGAGUGCACUGUUUGGACACUGUUUUGCACUGUUUUGUUUCCUACAAUGGAAGUGUGAACUUAAAUAAGGGACAUCCCAAAAAGGAAAUAUGAGGAUUACAUUUCAACACCAGUAUUGAGUUGAGGGACUAGAAGUGAGACUUUCCAAAAAGGAACAUCCCAAAAAGGAAAGUGAGAACUUUGAUACGGACCGGAGGAAGUAGUAAUAAUAAAUGAAAAACGAAUUGUAUUGAGUCAACGAAGAUGAGCGUAGUAUAGCUUGAUAUAUCCAGAUUCAUGAAAUUGAUUGAUAGUGCGUUCUCAUGUUAAACAUUGUUUCCAUUGAAGUGCCUGAUCACUUGCCUAGUUCUCUCAAAGGGCAAUGCCAAGAUAUACAAACUCAGUUGAAGCAUGAAUGCGUGAUGCACUUGUUUUAUAGAAAAAAUAUUGUUAUGGAGAGGAAUAUUGAAACCUCAAAAGAACCUUGCUCUUUUUCAGAUUACUCAGAGGAAAAUCCAGUUGAAAAGGAAUUCAUCUCAACUGCCAGCCAGGAAACAAAAAUGAUCCAAAACGCACGUCCACUCCUCAAGGCAAGUUUCUAAAAUGCUUUUUCUAAUUGGAAUGUUCGUGGUCCCUUUUCCUGAUUAAGCAGUGGGACAUUCAAGUGCUGGUAGUAAUUGAGGCUAUGGUUGAUUGCUCUUAGUGUGUCUAUUUAAAGACAAGGUUAUAGCAUCUCCACCUAGCAAAAUUUGCCUUUUCUGGAGUUCUGCAUCUAUUUCUAUUUCGAACUUCACUUGGAACAAUCAAUACAUUCACAUGUUAUGAUUUACCUUUUAAAGAGUGCAUCUGUCACUGUGACCUAAUUGAUUUACCUUUUCACUGACAAGUGUGAGGUCGGUCAAAUGGAAGGUUAUGGAGACGCCUGGAUUGUUUGCUAUUUAAUCCUAAAUUCCCUGAUUUAUUUGAUCA